CCCAGGAAUUUCCCGUCAUGCCUCCCGCCGCCCCGUCCGUCGCCCGGAGCCGGGGCGGGAGGAAGGGAGGCUCGGACAGAGGCGGCGGCGGCGGCGGCUCCCUGGUCCUUCCAUGAGCCCGCGGCGGACCCUCCCGCGCCCCCUCUCGCUCUGCCUCUGCGUCUGCCUGGCCGCGGCCGCGGCUCGAGGAGCGGCGCAGUCGGGGGAACCUAAGAUGAGAAGCAGCACCAUCCAGCUUCUUUUCCCAUCUCUGUCUCACUCCUUUGAACUCUUGCCCCUGUUCUUUGCCUCUCGUUUUGUUGGGGAAGAUAUCACAGUGAUGUCUGCAUUCAACCUGCUGCAUUUGAUGACAAAGAGCCAGCCAGUGUCCCUGCGAGCCUGUGGGCUUCCCUCAGGGUCAUGUAGGGAUAAAAAGAACUGUAAGGUGGUCUUUUCCCAGCAGGAACUGAGGAAGCGGCUAACACCCCUGCAGUACCAUGUCACUCAGGAGAAAGGGACCGAAAGUGCCUUCGAAGGAGCAUAUACAAAUCACAAAGAUCCUGGAAUCUAUAAAUGCGUUGUUUGUGGAGCUCCAUUGUUCAAGUCAGAAACCAAAUUUGACUCUGGUUCAGGCUGGCCUUCCUUCCAUGAUGUGAUCAGUUCGGACGCUAUCACAUUUACAGAUGACUUUUCCUACGGGAUGCACAGGGUGGAAACAAGCUGCUCUCAGUGUGGAGCUCACCUUGGGCACAUUUUUGAUGACGGACCCCGUCCAACUGGCAAAAGAUACUGCAUAAACUCGGCUUCCUUGUCCUUCACACCUGCAGACAGCAGCGGCGGUGCGACAGGGGGUGGGGGCGGGGGCAGCCCAGCCCAGGCGGACAAAACGGAGCUGUAGGGGCCGGGGAGUGAUGGAGACAAGUGUACUUAACACACAGCUAAUCAACAGAAUUCAGAAGUGUCUAUCCUAGAUAUAUUUUUUCAAAAGAAUAUAAGGGCAGUUUUGUGCUAUUGAUACAUUUCUUCUUUUGCUUAAACAGAGGCUCUGGCCACUGAUGUAUUUUGCUAUUGAUUAGAUGCGGAACUGUUUAUAACUUUAGCGAGCAGAGAUAGCUUUGUAAAACUUCUCUAUAAGCCAGUUAAGCACCACUUGGCAUUAUUUUCUUCACACACAUAGCUUCUUUUGAGAUCCCUCCACCCCCUCCUUGGUUAAGAGGCUGAAGGCGCUUGGUCUUUAAGUGUGGAAAUCGAGAUCUCCUACACAGUGUUAAACACCAGAGCUCGGAAGUGCAGGGCACCAAGACCUACGAGACACAUGGCCCUGAGGCAUUUGUACAGAUAAGGAUGGAGUGAUGCCUUCUGAGACAUCUUAGCUUUGUGGACAGUUUGAGCUAAGGUCGUUUAUUCUCACUAAAAGGGUGUGAAGGUCUAAAGUCUUUCCUUAUGUUAAAUUGUUGCCAGAUCUGAGGGGGUGCACUGAGUAUUGGGGCAGAGGAGUAAACAUUACCUCACGGUUAGGCCUUUAUUUUAUUUUCCAUUGAACACAUUGGAAUGUAAGACAACUGUAAAAUGUGGAGCUCUGUUUUGUCCAAAGUUCACAAAGAAGAACACCUGCCAUUGCCUUUUAUAAGUCCGUCCCUCCACACCUAAUACCAGCUGCAUCUGGAAGGGCAUUUUGGUGAAUUCCACUGUGUAAACUAAAAUAUUGGGAACAACGCACUUCAUCAAGGCAGCAGCAAUAGGAGAGCAGAGAAGACCAAAGAGGAAGUCCUGGGUGCUGAUGCAGCCAGUAUUACGCAGAAGGGCUGACAAGGUGCUACAAACAGUACCGCAAGUACCACACAGAACCCUAAGGGAGGGACUUUGUGUGCAAGUUCAGGAAGACCCUGGAGAGAUAAUGGAUAUUAAAAUACAAAUAGCCAGGAGCUCGAGUCCCACCCUUGACACCAAUCUGUUGUGCGGCAAGAGACAAGCCAUUUAGCUUUUUCAUGCCUAUCCCUCAUGUCUAAACUGGGACUUACAUUAUUUGUAAAAUAAUUGACACUCUCAGGGCAAAAUUACAAUAUUAUAUUGCUAUACAGUUAAGAUCAGUGUUGUAAAAUUAAACUGAUCUGGUUCUAAUUGCCUCAAAGGCCAAACCCAGGCAUUUGAAAUGGAAAGAAGCAGAGAGGAGGUACAGUUAGCUGAUUGGUAUGGAAACAGUUGGGCUAAGAGCCAGAAAUUUUUCUUUGUAGCAGUAUGGCUGGUUUUACUCUGAGAAGCUCUGCUCGGUUGUAUAACAUGUAGUCUGGUGGGAUGGCUGUCAUUGUGCACCAGAAGGCUUUCAUGGGUCUGAGCUGCGGUGUUACAGAUUGAUAUCCCUGGAGCCAGGUGUGAAGGUGCAGUGUAUGGCUGAUAUGUUUUGUGUCUGUAGCCUUGAAUGCUAACCCUGAAGUGCAGUUUUUUGGAAAUUUUUUUUUGUAAAUCUUUGAGAGCUCGUGAAGAUUGAUGUCUUUCCUUAGACAUACCACAGCAAAAACAAGAGAGGCACUUGACAAUGUUACAGAAAUGAGAAAAUGAGAAGUUGUGACAAAUCGAAAUGUCAGUGUGGUCAUGUCCACAUUCCUGUAUGUGUCUGCAGCUUCCUGGCGAGGCCCUGACAUCCCAGUGACUCUUCCUUGUCAUGUUUGCUACAAGUUUGCAAUUUCAGAUAAGUUAUGCUCGUCUUCCCUCGGCUCCCAGGUGUUCCCCCUCAGGCCCUGGGGUCACUCGGGAAUUUGCAGGUUUCACUCCCCUGUAGAAAUGAGAUUUAAAAUUUAAGAUCAUUGAAGCCUCAGCAUCCAGACGUUCCUAGAAGUCGUUCCCAAGCUCACAGAGGGAGCCCCAACAUUUCCCUGUGACCCUGAGAUCCCACAUGGAAUCGGCCAGUGUGAAGUCCGCCCUUGGGGGCGCACACAGCCCUUCUCGCGUCACUGCAGUCACGUGUGGCGGCCCGCCCCGGCGCGGGUUGGACACGAGCCACAGUGUCGGGACAGACAAGGAAGAUAAAUUAGGGGCUUCUUUCCUCUCCCCAGAGACUCUAGGUUCUCUUUGUUCCUUCAUUUUUAUUAUAGGGCUUAACAUUUCCCUCAAAGAACUCUCUUUCUAAUCCUUAGUCUACGUUUCAUGGAAAGCCAGUUUUUAUUCUACCACGUUUUCCAGCAUCAACUUUAAGAAAAAUGUAACAUCCAUAGAAAAAAAGUGGGUGUAUGCAUGUGGUUUAAUUCCAGAUUGCUUUUGAGUUUAAGUGGUAUCAAAUUUCAGUAUAUUUCUGUCUUAUGUUAAGGAAAUAUAUUACUAAAAUGUCAGUGAGCAAUAAUGUCAGCUGUCGAGCACUAGAUUUAUUUUUGCAGGAUAUGGAGUGCAAUGAACUGAGUCAAUAUGGCGAGGUGUAUGUGAUCUGUGGGAGUUAUGCCAUUUAGCAUAGGAAAUGCAUGGGACUUUCCCUCUCUGCUCUCCAGCCCUUCACGCGCUGUUAGGAGAUGCAGGUUUCUGCUGGUGUGUGCAAAGUAUGUCCAGACAACCAUGCAGGAUGGAUCUGAAGAAAGCAGCAGUGUCUAUUGUAUUAGAGAAUUUCUCCGUGUUUAAACUUUUCACUUCUUACAUGCAUUUAAAUUCUUAAUGCAAAUGACAUAGUAAUUUAAAAUCCUCUCCAUGUUAACCGAAUUGAAUGUCUUGCUUUAAAUACAGAAUAUGAUGAAAUGGAUUACCAUUUGUUCAGAAGGUCAAAUAUUAUUUUUGCUUUAGAUAGCUUUGUAAUAAUAUUUCUUCAAACAAUUCAAAACUUUUGAAAAUGAUGUGAAAUUUUCAUUAUAAACCCCUUUCCUAUGUUUAUUAUAUACAGGAAAUAUGCAAUAAAAUUUCUUUAUAA